AUAAUAAUCAUUUUCAUCAAUUAAUCAAACACUACUACUACUGCACCUCCCCUAAAAUCACAUGAUAUAUAUUGUAUAUAUCAUUCAUUCAUUCAUCACUUUUUCUAAUAGCUAGCUAGUAGUACUAUAUAUCCCAGCCGAUAUAUAUAUAUAUUAUAUAUAUAUAUGGUUGUGUUUUGCUUUUUGGUGGAUCAAACUCGAAAGAUGCGAAGAACAAAGCCCGUGGCUGGAUCGUGUUCGAGAUGUGGUCGAGGUGCUAAAGUUGCGGAUAUGUUGACAGCUACACGAUUUUGUUACAUCCCAGUUUAUUGGAGAUCUUGGAAGGCUAUUGUGUGUACGUUUUGUGGUGCCACUUUAAAAAAAUACCGAUAGAUAUCAUUUACUCUUUAUUUAGUUAAUGAAUGAAGGAUUAUCGAUCAUAUACAAAGGCUCGCUUGGAAUCUAUAGAUAGAUAGACAGAUGGAUAAACUAAUUAAGGUGAUUUGUUCUGUUUAGUUGAUACGUACGGGCGGAGAUAUAUAAAACAUUAAUGAUUAGCUGAGUGUCUUUAAUUUUUUUGUUUGAUGAAUAUGUGUCUUGGCGACAUAUACACUAGUCCAUGUCCUUGAUCAAUACAACUUUUUUAACACACUGUAAAAAAUGGAUUGAUGCAUAAAGCGAUACCGAUCUCUUUCCAUCUUUUUAGGGUGACAAUAUCAAUACGGGCCAAAAGUCGACCCGAUCCAAACUAAACGGGAUAUACAACAACAACCCAAUCCUUGUGAGCGGGUAUGGGUGAAAUGAGAUACUAUUUCCAAAACUAAACGGGCGGAUAUGAUUAUGUAAUCACAGUUGGCCGUUGGAUUAAUCGGUACUGUUUACGGGUCAAGGCUCGGAAAAGUAGUAAUAUGGGUCGGACCAGAAGUAAUUGUUUUACUUUUGGAUGCGUUGGUAGGCCCAUUUUUAUUUGCAUAAUUGUGUUCUUGCAUACCAGUGGAAAGUUUAGGUCCAUACAGCUUACUAGCUUAGUUCUGUAUAGUAAUUUAAGCGUAAGAAAAGAUGAAAGGAGUAUAUAUGAGUGUAACGUGUGACCGGAUGUAACCUUAGCCGGUUACCAGCUCAAGGUGGAUUCAAAUUUGACCUACGUGGCAUGCUGACGUGGACAUGAUGCUGACGUGGACUUACAAUAAUUAAUUUUUAUUUAUUUUAUGAGUAAAUUGAUGAAAAAAGGAAA